AGUGCGGGGCGGCGGGACGGACCACGCCGGGGGCCACCGCAGCACCUUUCCUUGUCACCAGGGUGUCCCCAGGCUGUGUCCCCUGCUCCGUGUGCCGGGCCCGUCCCUCACAGCCGGGCUGCGAUGGCGGCCAGCCGUGCGCUGAGUGCCCUGCGCCUCCUGGCCGGGUCGCGGCCGCCGCUCGCUGCCAGCGCCCGCAGCAAUUCCAACCGCGCGGCCAUCGGACACGUGCAGCGGCAGCGCUAUGGCCGCCUGUACCCGCUGCUGCUCGUCAGCACCGACGGCUCCACCGUCCGCCUGCGCUACGGAGAGCCCAAGAGGAUCCUCAUGAUGCCCCUGGACAGCAACACGCUGCCCGAAGCCGAGCGCAAGGCUCGUCUGCGCCGGCAAUUCCCCAGCAAACGUAAGGCCAAGGAGGAGGAAACCUUCGAGGGCAUCGACCUGGACACCUACAAGAAGUUCUGGAAGAAGUGAAGCGCUGAAAGCAGAAGAGUUUAAAUGUAUAAAUAAGUGUAUAAAUAAAAAUGUACAAGUCCA